UUAAGUAGAACGUGUCUAUAUUUAUUUAAAGUUGCGCAUUUUGAUGUGAUGUCACAUUUCUCAAACCACCCCCUCGUCACACAUCGUCACAAUUGUCUGACCCCCCUAGGUGCAUGCCGUCAUUUAUGAACGGCCCCUAACAUUCGGCUGGGUAAAGAGGACGUGGCAAGGAGGCAGGGACUAGUGAUGUCAGAGGGAGGGGCGACUUAAGCCCCUGGGGAGCGUGCAAUUGGCCACGUGUGAUCAUGUGACCCGGGCUUCGGAGUAGAAUAUAGGGAGUGCCCUAGGGGCGGUAAAAGUUCAAGUUCUCCUCUAGCGCGCCGGGGAGAAGUCGCGAGCCCUCGUCUCUUUUCGACUAACAGUGUCCGUGAGAUGCCAACAGUUGCAGUUACGAGGCUUCGCAUUGUCAUGAGUUCAAUGGGCCCAGCCACGCAACUCAUCACAGAGAACCGCGUGGAUCUCCAGGACAUUCUCACCACGAGGGUGAACAAUGUUCUUGACCAUUCACAUCAACAACAAGUCCUGAACCACAGUGACUGUCUCACCAUUCGCAGUACACCAUGUCCAGUCACACAGGUGCGGCAUCUGAUUGACUUGAUUAUUGGGCUGGGGGAGGUGACCUGCACCAAGUUCCUGCUGAAGGUGUUGGUGCCGCUGAGAUCUGACUUGCCGCGUCUGAAUGAGUGGAUGAGUGUAAAGGCAGCAGAGUUGGCCCGGUUGGAUGCCACAGUGAAUCGAGUUGGAGCCUUGGACCCCAUCGGAGUUUCACCCGGGAAGCAACCAGCGCAUGGAUCCAGUGCUGGGAAUGGACCUCGUCCAUUGACUCACAGCAUCUCCACCGAGGAGCUCUUUCAGAAAAUCCGCAGAGAGAUGCCAACGUUAGUGGAGGCAUUGCAAGGAAACCUGAUGCCUCUACUGAAUGAGUUUUUAGCAUCAAAUAUUUUAACGAUCGCAGAGAUUGGGGAAAUGACAGCCAAGUCGUCCAGUCAAGGAGGCUAUGUAGCCGCCAGCCACCUGAUCUUACGGCUCCUGCAGAAGGACCACAGGAUCUCCGUGCCAGUAUGGGAGGCGCUCUGGAAAACCCGCAGCACCUAUCAGAGGCUGCACAACCUCCUGCAAGACGUCUUCCCUGACAGAGCCUAACUACCAAGGGCCUGGCUGAACACACCUCUCACUAGCAGUGUAGACCAGGGCUGGGGAACCUUUUUUUUCUUACUGAGGGAUCAACAGGACUUUCAAAUACCUUUGGUGGGCAACCACAGCUUGACAUACGGCCCAGCGGUAUACCGCUGGAAAAAAGAAUUCUGUACAUUUACAGUAACUUUUCUGGCAAAAAGUUGCCAGUAACAUUUUCUGUAAUUUUACCGAUUUUUUUUUAGAAUUGUGUUAUCUUACUGUAAAUUUCUAUAUUUUUAAAGACACUCCAUAUUAAAAAAUGUCCAUUAUAAACAACAAAUAAAACCCAAAUUAGAUUUAGUUUAAAUGGAAAUAUGUUUCACCCUAUACACGGGCAGUUUGUCUGCUGCUCCUCACCAUUACCUCUUCCUGGCAAGAAACUAAA